AUGCGGCUCAACUCCUCCCCCUCCUCGGGCCGCGUCCUUCGCUUCGACUCCUUCGUUCCCUCCUCCUCCUCCCCCUCCCCUCCCACCGUGGGGGGGGAGGGCGAGGAGGUGGUGGUGGGGGGUGAGGAAGAGGAGGGACAGGAGGGACAGGAGGAGGAGGGGGCCCAUCAGUGCCGCGCGGACCCGCUGGUGGCCCAGGCCUCGCCCGACUUCCAGGCCUUGCCGUGGGCCUACCGGCAGCACCUCCUCUACCGCCACUGCCGACACUUCCCGCUUCGCAUCGACCAGCCGGAGGCCUGCGCCGGGACACACGGCGCUCCCUACCUCCUCCUCGCCAUCAAGUCCCGUGUCCAGGACUUUGGCCAUCGCGAGUUGGUGCGGCAGACUUGGGGAGCCGGUGGCGAUCACCGAGUGCGCCGCGUGUUCCUGCUGGGAACGCUGCCCGACUCCGUCAACGCCACCUUCUGGGACGAGUUCCUGAGGCACGAGAGCAGCGCCUACGGUGACCUCCUCCAGUGGGGCUUCCACGACACCUUCCUCAACCUCACCCUCAAGGAGACCAGCUUUCUCCGCUGGUUCCACGAGCACUGCCCGCGCGCCUCCUUCGUGCUGCAGUGUGACGCCGACAUGCUCGUGAGCGUCCCCAACGCCCUCGCGUUCCUGCGCGGCCCCGACCUCGACCCCGACGACCACCUCUUCGCCGGCGACCUCAUCGUGGACGCCCGGCCCAUACGCGACCCGCGCAGCAAAUACUUCAUCCCGGACUCGCUGUACGGCGCCGACCGCUACCCGCCGUACGCGGGCGGUGGAGCCUUCCUGGUGUCGCGGCGGACCGCGCUGGCGCUCCGGCGAGCCUCCGACGCGGUGGCUCCGUUCCCCAUCGACGACGUCUUCCUGGGCAUGUGCCUCCUGCAGCUCGGGGUCACUCCCCAGGCCCACGCCGGCUUCAGGACUCUAGGCCUCGACCGCCCCGCGGGGCGCAAGGCCGCGGCGGCGGCGGGCGGAGGAGGAGGAGGCCUGUGGGCCGCGAGAGGUGGCGGGGUGGCGAAGGUGGCGAGGUGUUUGCUGAGGGACCUGGUGGCCGUGCACGGACUCACGCCCGCCCAGGUGUGGCUGGCGCACCGAUUGGUGGGGACGACGGGCGGCUGCGGGAGGAGGGCUUCGUCCGCGGUGAGGGUGGUCAGGCCGGGGCGGUGGUGGAGGAAGGACUAG